GCAGAGGAGUACAGGCGCUGAGGGAGCCUUGCUGGCGGUGAGACCCUCUGAGAGGCCAGGGGGAGGCCGAAGCUCUGGCCCACGUGACCUGCCGGGGGCGGGCGCCCGGGGCGCUCGCCAGCCUCCCGCGGUGCCCCUGCUUGGCUCGGCGUCGCCGCCGGGACCCGACUUGGGGAAGCGCCGCGGUUCCUAGUCUACGGCCAGAGGCGCUCAUCCCUGCAGCGGUUCCUUGUUCUCAGGAGCCGCGGGCCGGAGGGAGAAAUGUUGCUGAAGUGCUGCUGAAGGGGCCAGCGAUGCCAGGAUUUGGGACACAUUUGAACCUUUAAGCUGUCUGACAUUGACCUCCUUUCAUUAUUAAUAAAGAAGAAGCAGGGGCUUAGGAUGUAUUAACACCAGCGCAUUACUAUACUAACCGGACAGUGCUCUGCAAAGCCCUCUGCACUCUAAAGGACUGGACUGGCCCAGGACACAAUAAUUUCCCAUUUUCUCAGCUUAUAAUAUGACUGGAUGGAGGGAAAUUUGAUAAGCAUGAGGGAAGACCAUUCCUUUCAUGUCCGCUACAGAAUGGAAGCUUCUUGCCUUGAGCUGGCCUUGGAAGGAGAACGUCUAUGUAAAUCAGGGGACUGCCGCGCUGGCGUGUCAUUUUUUGAAGCCGCAGUUCAAGUUGGAACUGAAGACCUCAAAACACUCAGUGCUAUUUACAGCCAACUGGGCAAUGCUUACUUCUACUUGCAUGACUACGCCAAAGCGUUAGAAUACCACCACCAUGACUUAACUCUUGCACGGACUAUUGGAGACCAACUUGGGGAAGCUAAAGCCAGCGGCAAUCUCGGAAACACCUUAAAGGUGCUUGGGAAUUUUGAUGAAGCGAUAGUGUGUUGCCAGCGACACCUGGAUAUCUCCAGAGAGCUUAAUGACAAGGUGGGAGAAGCAAGAGCGCUCUACAAUCUUGGAAAUGUCUAUCACGCCAAAGGGAAAAGCUUUGGUUGCCCGGGUCCGCAGGAUACAGGAGAGUUUCCAGAAGACGUGAGAAAUGCCCUACAGGCAGCUGUGGAUCUCUAUGAGGAAAACCUGUCCUUAGUAACUGCUCUAGGUGACCGAGCAGCACAGGGGCGAGCCUUUGGGAACCUUGGCAACACACACUACCUCCUCGGCAACUUCAGGGAUGCAGUUAUAGCUCACGAGCAGCGUCUCCUAAUUGCAAAGGAGUUCGGAGAUAAGGCGGCUGAGAGAAGAGCGUACAGCAACCUAGGAAAUGCAUACAUAUUCCUGGGUGAAUUCGAAACUGCUUCCGAAUACUACAAGAAGACACUGCUGCUGGCUCGGCAGCUUAAAGACAGAGCCGUGGAAGCUCAGUCUUGCUACAGUCUUGGGAAUACAUACACUUUGCUUCAGGACUACGAGAAGGCCAUCGAUUACCACCUAAAGCACUUAGCAAUCGCCCAAGAGCUCAAGGAUCGGAUUGGUGAAGGAAGAGCGUGUUGGAGCUUAGGAAACGCAUACACAGCUCUGGGAAAUCAUGACCAAGCAAUGCAUUUUGCUGAAAAGCACUUGGAAAUUUCAAGAGAGGUUGGGGACAAAAGUGGUGAACUGACUGCGCGGCUGAACCUCUCAGACCUGCAGAUGGUUCUUGGUCUGAGCUACAGCACAAAUAAUUCCAUGAUGUCUGAGAACAUUGAAAUUGAUGGCAGCUUACAUGGUGCAGGCGCCAAGCUGGGACGGAGACACAGUAUGGAGAACUUGGAACUUAUGAAGUUAACACCAGAAAAGGUGCCGAAUUGGAACAGUGAAAUUCUCGCUAAACAGAAACCUCUCAUUGCCAAACCAUCUGCAAAGCUCCUGUUUGUCAACAGACUGAAGGGCAAAAAGUACAAAAGCGGCAGCGCCUGCACUAAGGUUCUCCAAGACGCCAGCAACUCCGUGGACCACCGCGCGCCACGCUCCCAGAAGAAAAUCAGUUCAGACACGAUUGGAGAUGAAGGAUUCUUUGACUUGCUAAGGCGAUUUCAGAGCAACAGGAUGGAUGACCAGAGGUGCCACUUACAAGGAAACUGUCGCACAACAUCCACAGCAGCUGCUUCUGCUACCCCCAAGUUGAUGAAAGCACCGUCUGUCUCUGUGGUGUCCCCCAACACAGAUGAGUUCUUAGAUCUUCUUGCUAGCUCACAGAGCCGCCGUCUGGAUGACCAGAGGGCCAGUUUCAGUAAUUUGCCAGGGCUCCGCCUGACAAAAGGCAACAGUCCAUCUGUACUUGAGCGCCUGAUGACAAAUGACAAGAAAGAGCCUGAUGAAGACUUCUUCGACAUCCUUGUAAAGUGCCAGGGGUCAAGAUUAGAUGAUCAAAGAUGUGCUCCUCCAUCUGCUGCCACUAAGGGGCCGACUGUCCCGGAUGAGGACUUCUUUAGCCUCAUCUUACGCUCUCAAGCUAAAAGAAUGGAUGAGCAGAGAGUUCUGCUGCAAAGAGAUCCAAACAGAGACAGUGAGUUUGGACUAAAGGAACUUUUGCAAAAUAACGCUUUGUUGGAAUUUAAGCAUUCGGGAAAAUAACUAGCAAACCACAGGAUGGUGUGGUAACCUACUGAAGAAAAGGACUGGUCCCCUCAGGACACUGCAGGGAGCUCGCCACUGUAGCAGUCACCACAUUUUUAGGGUGUGAAUGUUGAGUACUGAGGGACUGACAUUCUUCUGUCUCAGGGCAGAACGUCCUGUAAGGUGCUCCGUCAGCUUAACUGACCUUGAGAUUCUGUGUGCGUGACUAGAUUCCUUGGCUAGGGUUUGUGUAAUAGGGAUUUAAAUGACUCCUACAUUAGAACUCAGUCUUUUCUUACAGAGGCCAUCUUUAAGGAGCUAGUUGACAGGGACUUUUUGUACCUGCCCAUGAAUAUAGCAGAUUGCAUUGUUUAUUGGAAAUAAUGUAAAUGUCCUAUGUAAAAAAGAUGAAAAUAGUCAUAAAAUUCUAGUUUAAGAAAACUAUAUUCAAUAUAUUUUUAGGCAAAGCCAGUGAGGGAAAUGAGAAAUAAACUGCUUUUAGCAUGCUCUGGGUUAUCUGUCUCCUUUAUUACAUAACACAGUUAUAAAGUAGCACAAGGCCUACUUUUAGGAGAUGUACUGUUAGGAAAACUACAUAGGCAGAAAACUCACAGAAAGUACGCAAGGCUUAGUUAAUGUUAGACCAUGAGCCUUCAUCUAACGAGUUUACGAGACAGUGAUCUUCUGGCCCGCAUUUGGUGCAGACACUUAGAAGAAAAUUCACUAAGAAAGCAAAGACUGCACACCAGACCAAAAUAAUGUAAAAAUAAGUGUUUAUUUUGUGUUUACAAUGGUUAAGCAUUCAACAAUUAUUCUGUUUUAAAAAGUGCUUUAACAACUACCUACCCUGUUCUUUUCUUAAAAGCCAGUUACAAUGUGCUUUAACCUCAGAUAGUCACACUAAUCACUUGAGACAAGCCGCUUCUCUUUUCUGCAAUAAACUGGCCUUGAUAUCGUCA